AUACGGCCUCCUAUUGUGAAUGGCCCAAUGCCGGCACGGCCACUGGUUGCACUCCUGGAUGGACGAGAUUGCACUGUGGAGAUGCCCAUCUUGAAGGAUGUUGCUACAGUGGCAUUUUGUGAUGCUCAGUCAACUCAGGAAAUCCAUGAAAAGGUGCUGAAUGAGGCAGUAGGAGCUCUGAUGUAUCACACCAUUACCCUUUCUCGUCAGGAUCUGGAGAAAUUCAAAGCCCUCAGGGUCAUUGUGCGUAUUGGCAGUGGCUAUGACAAUGUUGACAUCAAAUCCGCUGCAGAAUUAGGCAUUGCAGUUUGCAACAUCCCUUCCUCCUCAGUAGAGGAGACUGCUGACUCCACCCUCUGCCACAUCUUGAACCUCUAUCGCCGUGUUACUUGGCUACAUCAGGCUAUGCGGGAAGGGAAUCGAGCCUCGAGUGUAGAACAGAUUCGAGAGGUGGCCGGAGGCGCUGUGCGUAUCCGUGGGGAGACUUUGGGCAUCAUUGGACUAGGCCGAGUUGGACAGGCAGUGGCUCUGCGAGCCAAGUCCUUUGGCUUCAACGUGAUUUUCUAUGAUCCCUAUCUGCCGGAUGGAGUGGAGCGAUCCUUGGGUUUACAACGAGUAGGAACCCUGCAGGAUCUACUAAUGCACAGCGAUUGCAUCACAUUGCACUGCAGCCUGAAUGAACAUAACCAUCACCUCAUCAAUGACUUCACUAUUAAACAGAUGCGCCAGGGCUGCUUCUUAGUGAACACAGCCCGGGGAGGGCUGGUAGAUGAGAAAGCCUUAGCGCAAGCCUUGAAAGAGGGGCGAAUCAGAGGAACAGCAUUGGACGUGCAUGAGUCUGAGCCUUUCAGCUUUGCUCAGGGGCCCUUAAAAGAUGCACCCAAUGUGAUCUGUACCCCUCAUACUGCCUGGUACAGUGAGCAGGCUUCCAUUGAAUCCAGAGAAGAUGCAGCUAAAGAGAUCCGCAGAGCUAUAACAGGUCACAUACCUGAUGCUUUGAGGAACUGCGUUAAUAAGGAGUACUUGCUGUUAGCAGCUCAGUGGUCCAGUAUUGAUCCUGCAACUGUCCACCCAGAACUCAACGGAGCUGCAGCUUACAGGUUUCCUCCAGGAGUAGUGGGAGUAGCCACCCCUGGGCUACCAGAACCACCAGUAGUGGAAGGGAUUGUAGCUCAUGGGAUCCCUUCUGUUUCUCACUCUGCACCGCGUACCCCUUCCCCAGGAGAGACGAGCAAACUGGAUGCAGACAGAGAGAUGCCUGCUGACCAAUAGCAGCAUCUUUCUUUCCUCUCCUCUGGCAGCAGAAAAAAGUAGGAGGGUGUCUCCUCCUAGGACCUUCUUUAACACCCUACAGAGACUGUUUCCUGUUCAUACAGGACGGGAGAAUGCAUUUCAUUACCGGCAAACUUUAGCUCUUGCCUUUAUUUUGUAACCCUUUACUUUUAAUCUCUCAAUGAAUCUUUCUCCUUCUCUGGGGCAGGGCAGCAGUGACCUUGCCUCCCCUCGGAAAUACUUGGUUUAAUCAAUGAUUUUUCCCAUAUAUCUGCCUUGGUUGUCUGCGACAGGGAACUG